GUCGAGAUGGAGCUCAUCGAUCCCACUCCGAACAUCGAGGACGCCAAGGCCCACUUGGUGAGGACGAGCGCUACAGUAGAAAACAAGUGGUUGAGCCCGCUGUGCACACCGACGUACCGGCUCAGCGAAAUUGGUGGAACCGGCACCGAGCUGUAUUUCCGCACGUUGAGGAAUCUGGGUUUCAUCUUCGCCUACAUGGCAGCCGCGACAGGUCCUUUGGUAGCCUUCUGCCUGCUGGGCAACUUCGGGCCAGACACCGGCCAGUUCCUGCUGAAGACGACCAUCGGAAACCUGGGCGAGUUUGUGGAGGCGGACAUCAUCGAUCCCUGGAGUCGAGUUGUGCGGCUGGGCUGUGAAGGCACCGAAAUUCACAACCUGACGGGUAUCUUCGGCUGGCUGGACUUCGUUGCCGUGGCGAUUUUCUUGCUCUACUGCAUCUGGGCUCGUUUCAUCCAGAUACCGAGUACGGCGGCAACGGACGAGCUGGAGCAAGUUACGCCUCGCGAUUAUUCUGUCAUGAUCCAUGGCCUGCCUUACAAGAUCGAGGACCAAAAGAACUACGAGAAGCUGCUGGAGCAACACCUCAUCAGCCGAAUCAAGCAUGCGCGAAGUCGGAGGCCGGUCGGCCACGAGAUGCCGGAACCGCAGGUUUGUGAGCUUACGCUUGUCCGCGACUACAACGGCAGGCUGCAUGAGCUGAAAGAUCGUGCAGAUCUGGUACUUCGCACUGAGAUCGCAGAGAAGUACAGCGAGAAGUCGGGGAAACCAGGGCGCCUGGAUAAACUCAAGGGCCGAUUGGAGAAGCUGAACUUCAAGCUGGGAACGAAGCUCGAAGCCGAAGAGGAGCUGCCGGUCGUGCGGGCCUAUGCCAUCCUCCAGUGCACUGAGGACGUCGCCAACUUGCUCUUCGACUACCGUUUUGCAAACUACAAGCUCUUCAAGUGCUGCCAGUUCAACGCCAGGCGCUUUCAAGGCAGCUCCAUCCGGAUCACUCCGGCGCCGCAGCCGACGGAUAUCAUCUGGGAGAACCAGGACAUUGCCUGGUACAGCCGCCUUUGGCGUCAAGCGCUUGUGCUGCUGCUCUUCGUGAUCAUCCUCUCCAUUUCGUUGUGUCUGAUCUAUGUGACUACAGUGGCGGGUAAAGCUACGGCGAAGUCACAGGUCAGCUACCUCGGUGUGCCGGAGUGCGAUCCUGCCGGCGAUCAGGUUGACCUUCAAGGGAAUGAGCAGUACAAGUGCAUGAUCACAGUUGCCGCGAAUUGGACGAAGCAGUACGCGACAGAGGAAGGUGGCGACAUCCUCAGCUGCUGGUGCACGGCGCAGGGCUACGAGGCGCUGUUCAGAGACCAAGCCCUGCUGGACGCGUGCACUCCGUGGCUCUGGGAACUGGCAACAUCCGUGGGCAUUGCUUUCGCCUCGUCGACUAUCGUGAUGGUGAUCAACGUGGUGUUGCAGCUUGUGCUGGUCUACCUUGCAGAGUUCGAGCGACCUCUCUCACACACCAGCCUCAACAGCUCCAUGAUGAAGAAGGCUUUUUGGGCACAGACGCUGAACACAGGAUUUGUUCUCUUCUUCGUGAACUACUUCGCGCCCGAGGUGCUUCAGAAUGCCGUCCUCAUCAUUCCUGGUGUAGGAAACCUCCUCUUUCGCGGGCCCUUCGCAGAGAUCACACGCGGGUGGUACGCCAUCGUCGGUGUCACCAUCCUCAUGAAUAUGCUGCUCAACUGCUUUGUGCCGGCCGGAGUGACUGUCGCCAAGAUGAUAGUCAAUGUCUUCUUGAGGUGUUUCUUCAGAAUGGGCGUCGCUCACCAGGCGCUGCGUCUUGUUCAACGAAUGUGCUCCGAUUCAUUCCAUCCUGCAACAACUUGCCAUGCAGAGCUGCUGGAGCUGUACACUCACCCGGAGUUCGACAUCAAGCAAAAGUAUGCGCAGCUCCUCACGACAGUUUUCGUGACACUGAUGUACGGAGCUGGGCUUCCGCUUCUGUACUUCAUGGCCUGCGUGCUCCGGCUGCAAGGGUACUGGGCAGACAAGUACUGCCUGCUUUGGGGCUCUCGAAGGCCUCCGCACUACGACACCAAGAUGGCCACCGAGGCCAUCGAAAGCAUGCUGUACGCUGUUCCUUUCCACUGCGUGCUGGCAGUCCUGAUGUACGGCCAGACGUGCGUCUUUCCGUCCAACCCCUUGGGAGGAGACCUGGGGAACCUGGUGGAUCAGGGAUCUGACUACACUCCGGGCAUGCUCCAGCAGUUCCUCCCGCAGAUCACGCGUGAGUCAACGUGGAUGUUCUUCCUCCUCUUCGUGUUGUUGGUUGGCUUGUGGGUCUUGUGGCUGGUGCUUUGGAUCAUCGGCGGAACGGCCUCCACGGCGUGGGACCUGAUAGUUGACGUCUGCUGUCCGAAGUGGAAGAGGAAGCAGCCCAGCAGGGACGAGAUGGUUGAAGCCUUGAAGAAGGGCGAGAGAACGCUCAACGGAUACAGCAUCGACGUCGCCAGCACGAUGAACUGGGAUGAAGCGUUCGUCCACAUCGAGAAUACGUUUCCGCCAGCAUCUUACAGGUUCGAAAGGCACCCGGCCCUGGUCUCGGUGGCUCCGCUGCUGAGACCUGCAAGUCAACCGAACACCGCCAGGGGCAGCCCCAGCGAUGCUGCCGACGCCGCCCUGCGGACAGCGGCAGAGGUCUCCCAGGAGAAUGAGGCGACCCGGGCGCCGACGUCCGCGCCGGUGCCUGACAACGUGGCGAAGAACUUCCUCAAGGCGCUCGACGAGGAGUACGUCCUUGGGAAGGGUGCCAUGGUCGGCAACUUCUUCGACAGCGAAGGGUACCAGGCGCACCGCGGCACUGGACUUCGAAGACGCCAGUUUAUGCCGCCGAAGCUCGAGGAGGAGGAUCGGCCGUAUAGAGGCACGCGGGCAGGCGCCAAAGGUCGGAAGAAGAAGUUUUACAACAUCCAAGACGACCUGGUCCGCGCGUGCUGGAGGAUCUUUUCUGUACGGAUUGCGAAGGCCACUUUCGAGGAUAUAUCCGAAGGCCAUCACAGAGCCGUUCUGCAGUUCAGCACAGUUGGAGAGGACAUCGACGAAGACGAUCUGCUGUGGGAAGACCUGGCUGGGUAUUAUACCGAGCUUCAGGCCCCCGUCCGUGCUGUGGCCGAACGCAGGGGUGCAGCCCAAGGCGCACCGAGCUCAUCAGCAGCUCCCGGCCCGAAGGCCAAGUGGCAGCCUAAGGCAAAGGCCAAGGAGCCAGCAGGCCCGCCGCCGGUAAAGGCGAAGCCAAGGGAACCUGCAGAGCCGCCACCGAAGGCUAAGGCGCCGUCGCUGGACCUCCCUGCGUCAACGCGAGAUCUUUACAAGCCCUCGAGGCGCGACCCUUUGCGAAGAGGACGGGUCAGGCCAGAGGAGCCGUUAGAGACAGAGGACGUUGGCACACGCAGCCGCUCCCAACCACCUUCUGGAGACAUUGGUGUGGAUCUGAGUGCAGCCGGAGGCGCACUAUAUAGAGAGGCCAUCUUUGCAGGAGGCGAGGAGAGCCCGCACACCACCUGGAACACGUGCAGCGGAGACGGGCUACAUUCGCGACCUUCGUUUGCGCGGUUCCGUGCUUGCAUCACUGCAUCGCAGGGAACAGGCGGAACCGGAGGCCGCGACAGAGGAGCAGCCAGCAGAGGAGCCGACAGCCGAGAGGUCAAGACCGAGGAGGCCUUGGCCACGGACUUCUUGCGCCUGGAGGCACAAAGAGACAUCCUGGAGGGCAAGCAAUGGCAGUGCCUGGAGGACAUGGAGAACCGGAAGCUGGUGAACCAGCAGAGGCAGAAAGCUUAUGCCGACAUCCUUGACCGGCGUCUCCGGGUUGAGGGAAAGCAGCAGAGUGUCACCAAAGAGCGCAACCUGGUGAUACGCACGGAGGCCACCAAAUUGUGCAGUGGCCGUGCCGAGGGCGAGGCGAUCAACCACAUCCGUGCUCGUAAAGAGCGUUUUGGAGUGGAAGUGGAGCAGAUGUGGAAAGACUGGCAGCAGCGCGUCGCCGCCAAAAUUCGGGAGGACAUUGAAGUGGCCCGCAGGGAUGCCGAGCACUGCAAAGCAAGGCAACAGGAAGCCAUGGAGGCUAUGCCGGACAAGGAUGUGCCCCUCACUGCCGUGGUCGGCGCCGCGGCGGCUGCCAGCGCGGUGGUCGGCGCCGCCACGGGCGUGGCCCUCUUCAUGGCUCUGAAGGGGAAGGAGAAGGCAACGGCGAGCGCGAGCCCGGCGCCUGAGAUCCCUAAGAUGAAGAGCGCCUCUCCAGACAGUGGCAUGAUGGUGGAGGACCAGAGGUCCAAGAAAGCCGGCCUUGCAGCCACGUGGACAAAGCCUGUUGUGAUUGCGAGUCCUGCCUUGGAGCCCUUGGCCAAAGAGGUUCGCAAGAGAUUAGGAGAAGACGAGUACCCGGAGUGGGCCGGUCCGACCGUCAAUCUGGAGUACUUCAAGUCGAAGGAUCCGAACGUCAAGUUCAAUUGGAAGCGCGUCGUGGGUCGAAAAAUUGUUUUCCUCUUCGACACCGUCGACCAGACCCGAUUCUUCGAGCAGCUCUCGCUGCUUCAGGCCCUCCAGGGCUUUGCAGUUCCGGACGGCGAGGACAAGGGAACCAAGUGGAAGACCUAUGUGAAUGCUGGUGCCUACUCCUGGGGUCGAGCUUCGCAAAUCACCGUGGUCAUACCGUGGUACAGACCAUGCCAGAUGGAGAGAACCAGCAGAUGGCAUCUGGAUGACGCCGGGAAGUGGAUAAACAGCAACCCGGAGGGAGCAUGGCUGGAUGUGCCCAAUGCCUUGUACAUGGCACGUCUUCUUGCGACUCCUGGAUCUGUCCCUCCGCUGCCCGGGCCGAACAGCUCCAUGGACGGAAUGCCGCUGAACCCUCUGUGGCGCCCACCCUUGGAGCUGCUCUUCGUGGAGCUUCACGAGGAAGCGCCGGUGGCGCGGUCGGUUAGUGACCUCGGUGCCACCAUCAGGAUGGAGCGUUUUGUCCCCUACUUCUUGAAGAAGUACAAGGCCAAGCCGACAUAUCCAGGCAAAAACAAUGUGUACAUCCUCUUCCCUGACCACGGCGCGUACGAUCGCUAUGCCGAAGCUGUGGAGCAGGAACUCUUCCUCGAUCUCGACCACAUCCUGUACAUCAAGAAGACAAGAGUUGGCGAGUCCAUCGGGCAGGAGCAAAAACUUUUUUAUGAUCAGAACAGGACGGAGUACGAGAAGACAAUCCAGUUCAAUUCGGACAAGGACCACAUUCUCAUCAUCGAUGACUUCACCAACUCGGGAAGCACCCUGUUUGGGGCGGUUGAGUUAGUCAAGAAGUAUGCAGGGGGCAAGGAGAUGAACGUCUCCAUUUUUGUGUCCCACCUCGUGGCGACCUAUGAUCCAAAGGUCGUCGAGGGGCUGAAGGACAAGCUUCACAAGCUUGGCAAACAGUGCCGUUUCUACACCACAAACUCCAUCCCCAUGACAACGGACUUGCUCAAGGGAGAUGAGCAGGCAACGGUUAUUGACAUCUCCGACUUCAUCGCAGAGUUGGUGGCGAAGUGA